ACGGGACACUGAUCAGAUGGUUUCUAUCUAUGUAGCCUCCGAUGAUUUUCUCCCCGAUAGUAUCUUUCACCCUCUAGUCGUUAGCUUGCUUAGAAAGGUACAAAACAUGGGCUACAUGGCCAUACCAAAGUUAUUCAGCAACAAGGCAAUAAUUGGACUAGGACAUGAUCACAAUAGUUAUCGAUAACAAGCCCUCUUUGAAGCUGAAAAUAUCACGUGUGGCUGAAUUAAAGGAGGAUGGUAGAGAAAUGCCAACAGGUGAACUUAGUCCUAAUGUUUGUAUGCAGGUUUUAGAGUUUUUGAAGAAAGAGCUGAUAGUGUUGACAUCUGGAAUGAAGCAUGCCGGUUAUACGUUAUGCGUCAUGUGCUGGGCAGGCUUUCAAGACAUGCACUUCCACAAACUGGAAGACUGCUUGAAGAACGAUUUUAUCCGAUGCGGAGAAAACUUGGUAAAUACAAGUAAACUACAGAGGAAGUUUAAAGAUCCAACAGAAUCAGCAAGUUCCAACAAUAAAGAAGAAGCACCAG